AUGGGGCCCGUGGGCCGAAUGCGCCGGUUCUUGCGGUCGCAGCUUCAGACGGCGGUUCCGCCAUAUCAUUCAGUACCCUUCUGGCAAUGGUCGCAAAUGUGGCGCUCUAGAAAACAUCAGGGGCUGUUCGUUAAAAAGUUGCCGUCAACCGAACUUCAAUCGCUUCUGCGUUCCUUCAUAUCGGAGAGGAAGGUUUCACGUCAUAGGAGCACCUUGCGGUCCGGAUUAUUUGUACUGUACCGUCUACGGAAUGGUGAUUAUUGGACGCUGUCCGCCAGGAACCUACUUCAGUCACAGUGCCAGCAACUGUGUUCCGAUGGCCACUGUCAGCGUGUGCCGCGUGGAAAUGUCACACAACGUGAUUCUCAGCCAGCCCUGUAAGUUCGUUGGCCCGUUGCAGACUUCUCAUUGCCAACCUUAUUACUACAUGUGUUACCAGUUACACAGGCCCCCACACUUCCUGCGUUGUCCAUAUGGUCAGGUGUUCAACAGAAAGUUCAACACAUGCACAGAACGGUGGAUAGCAUCAGAAUGUUACUAA